ACCUAACCACCUACCUUAAAUGUAGUCUGAGUUUAUUUAUCCAUUUUCUUUCAGCAAUCGAUUCCUUUCAAAAUGGAGGCUGAGACUAAAGAGGCCAAGCAGAAGAGAAAAGCUGAGCAGCGACUCGCACGAACCGAAGCCCGAAAAGAGAAACGCCAUGCUAAAUCCGAGGCCAAACAAGCACGAAAAGCGAAUGUCACCCGUGCCGGGAAAUGGACCGCCGAGCGCAAAGCAGCCGACAAACUUAAGAAGCUAGAAAACGAACCGCUCAAGCUAGAGAAGCGCUACAAGCGCAUGCGCCAGCGCGCUGAGAAAUUAGAAGCGUAUGCGCAUAAGAUGAUGGCCGAGGCGCACAAAGCCAAAGCUCACGCUGAUAUCUUAGACACGCAAAUGGUGAAGGGGCCCAUUGAUAAGAACAAGCUGUUGAAUGCGAUUAAGAAGAUGGCUAUUGAUCCUGAGGACGAUGACUACAUUCCUCUCGACGAACAACCCGCUGCCGAAGCCGCUACAGCGAAGUCUUCCGUUGAUAAAAGCACCGCACCCCCAAAGGAAGAGUCCAAAAAAUCAAAGGAGAAAAAACACAAGAAAAAAGACGAGAAGAAGGCCGAGAAACGGAAGCGCAAGGCCGAGGAAGACGCAUCGCAUGAGGCCACCAAUGACACAGCCAGUGAUGAUAAUGCUGGUGACGUAGAGGCACCUGAGCAGAAGAAAAAGAAGAGAAAGCUGGAACAGGCUACUAAGGAAGCUAGCUCUCGAGAGGAGGCGCCCAAGGCAAAGAAGAGCAAGAAGGACAAGAAGAGAAAGCUAGAACAGACUGCCGAGGGCGCCGGCUCUCAAGAGGAAGCUCCAAAGGGAAAGAAGGACAAGAAGCGACAGAAGAAAGACCACGCUGAGGAGUACGUGUCCUCCACCACAGCCGAAGGAGGAUCGAACACUAACGGCGGCGAGCAGUGGAAUGCCCAAGCCUUAGAGGGUGAUGACAAGAGAAAGGCAAAGUUUCUUAAGCUUCUCGGAGUCAAGUCCAACGGAAGCAAUGCCACAAACAACCAGAAUGCCUCUACUACGACAAAAACCUACAUCAACCAAGUGCAGCAUGAUUUAGAACGUCAGUUCGAUGCCGGGAUGAGAAUGAAGCAUGAUGGCCAGGGACAGAAAAGGGGUCUAGGAGCAUGAUUACUUGCGCAAUGUACCGAUAUGAGAAUGGCGUUUGAAAAGGUCACGGGGGUCAAUUAUACCACAUGAAUUAGUAGGUUACUUGCAGUCGCAGGAUGGUUACCGGAUCAGUUUAGCUGUUCUCCUAAUACCAAUGCGAAAUCGAUUAUCGUAAUAUAUCGCCCUGUCAAGUCGUGAAACUUGUGCUCGAUUUCUUUUCUGAAUUUUCAACCGGAUUUUCACAAU